GGUUAACAUCGCCGUCUCUCACACGGCAGCUCGGGGUUCGAUUCCCCGUGUCGGAACAUACAAUCGGUUUCUUUUUUGUCUCGCUUCGAGAUUCGAAGGAUGUCGAUCUAUUUUCUUUUUCUUUUUGUCGCUAAAACAUAUUCACAGCAGUUUAUGGAAUGUCUUUGAAACAUUGUAUCAAAAUCGAGCUACUCAAACACCAGUUAUUCCAUGCCCAAACGAACCAUGCAACAAAUGAAAUGCGUCAAGUCGCGAUGGCUCCUUGAGCUUCACCAAGACCCAAUGGCGAAAGACUCAAUCAACAUGACCACCCUCCUCCUAUCAUCGUUCAUCGUCUUUCUGUUCAAUAUAUUUUCCCUACCUAUCUGGGCUCUGUGUAUCUGUGAUGUUAUCUGAUUCGCAUUUUUUUUUUCAAGAAUAAGAACAACAGUCGAUGAGAAGCAAACAUAAAUGACACGAGCAACUCUUAACGUUUUCUACCGAGCUUGAAAAGAGCAAGUAUUCUUAUAGAUCGGUCAAAGUUACUAUAACGGUUCACUGGCUGCCAGCACCGAUGAACGAAAACCCAGAGUACUUGGAGACCAAUAUGUUCCUGGAGCC